AUGGCCCAUGAAGUGGACCUGGAGUCCUUCAAGGAGUUGGAACGGGAGGUCAUUCUCGGGGUCCUAUACCGAGAUCGGGCUGUUCAAAGCAUAGAGGAGGAAAGGGUCCGGAAAUUGAAAACGCACCUGCAGCACCUUCGGUGGAAAGGGGCGAAGAGCUCGAGCCAGGAAUACAGGGCCAAGUGCUGUGCACGCUGCCAGCGGGCUCUGGGCCUGCUGCUGAACCGUGGGGCCGUGUGCCAGGGCUGCAGCCACCGGGUGUGCUCCGAGUGCCGCGUAUUCCUGCGGAGGACUCAUGCGUGGAAGUGCACAGUGUGCUUUGAGGACAGAAAUGUGAAAAUCAAAACUGGAGAAUGGUUCUUUGAAGAGCGUGCCCGGAAAUUUCCAACUGAAGGUAAACAUGAGACGGCUGGGGCGAAGCUCCUGCAAUCUUAUCAGAGGCUGAGCAAAAUCUCUGUGGUCCCUCCGACGCCACCACCGCUCAGCGAGAGCCAGUGUAGCGGCAGCCCUGGCAGGUUACAGGAACUUGGUCACUUCAGAGGAUUUAAUAAGUCCGUGGAAAACUUGUUUCUGUCUGUCACCACGCAGAUGAGAAAGCUCUCCAAGUCCCAGAAUGAUAUGACUUCAGAGAAGCAUCUUCUCGCUAUGGAUCCCAGGCAGUGUGUGGUCCACACGGAGAGGCGGAGCCAGUCUGACACAGCAGUCAAUGUCACUUCCAGGGGAAGCUUAAUUAGUAUUAACAGCACCUGCACGGAGAUGGGUAAUUUUGACAAGGCUAAUGUCACUGGAGAAAUCGAAUUUGCCAUCCGUUACUGCUUUAAAAGCCGUUCUUUAGAAAUACACAUCAAGACCUGUAAGAACCUUGCCUACGGAGAGGAAAAGAAGAGGAAGUGCAACCCGUACAUCAAGACCUACCUGCUGCCUGACAGGUCAUCCCAAGGAAAGCGCAAGACACAAGUCCAAAAGAACACUCUGGACCCAACUUUCGAGGAAACCUUGAAGUAUCAGGUAGACCUCGCCCAGCUGGUGACCCGGAGGCUGCAGGUCUCUGUGUGGCACCUAGGCACCCUUGCCCGGAGGGUGUUUCUUGGAGAAGUGAUCCUUCCUCUGGCCACAUGGGACUUUGAGGACAGUUCGACCCAGAAUGCCAGGUGGUAUCCACUUCGGGCCAAGGCUGAGAAAUAUGAAGAUAAUAUCCCUCAGAAUAAUGGAGAACUUGCUGUUCGAGCCAAAUUGGUCCUUCCUGCAGGGCCAAAAAAGCCCCAGGAGGCCCAAGAAGGCACGGGAGGUCAGUUAUCGCUUAAUGGUCAACUUUGUUUGGUUGUUCUGGGAGCCAAGAAUUUACCUGUGCGUUCGGAUGGUACCUUAAACUCUUUUGUUAAGGGCUGCCUCACUCUGCCAGACCAGCAAAAGCUGCGUGUGAAGUCCCCAGUGCUGAAGAAGCAGGCUUGUCCCCAAUGGAAGCACUCUUUUGUGUUCAAUGGUGUGAGCAGCUCUCAGCUGAGGCAGUCCAGCCUGGAGCUGACUGUCUGGGACCAGGCCAUGUUUGGCAUGAGUGACCGCCUGCUCGGGGGAGCCAGGCUUGGUACAAAAGGAGGCGCUGCGGGUUGUACGGACUCCUGUUCACAGUCCAAACUUCAAUGGCAGAAAGUCCUGUCCAGUCCCAACUUAUGGACAGACAUGACCCUCGUCCUGCACUGAGGUGAAGCCAAAGGCCGACAGAUCAUGGCGGAAUCUGAUCCACCGGGGCACCAGUAACCGACUGCAGUUGUGUGAU